UCCUACGGGAAAGCCGCGCACUCCAUAGCAAGCAGACAGCAGUGGCUGCGCACGUUACUCGAUCGAGCGACCCCGUUCAUUCCCCUCUAUCCACCCCGCCCGCCACACCGACGCCGACGACUUCCCCGGCCGAUUACCUACCAGAACCACCUACCUACUCCCGCCCGCGUAGGGUUCCCUUCCCUUGCUCCCGCCAUGGACCUCCCGGCCGCCGGGGGCCGCCGCACCAGCUACUCACUCCUCUCCCAGUUCCCCGACGACGCAUCCGCCUCCUCCGCCGCCGCCACCGCCGCCGUGCUGCAGCGCCAGUCCAGCGGCGGCAGCAGCUACGGCGCCGGGAGCUCCAUCUCCGCCUCCAGCGACUACCCCUUCCACCUGCCUCCCCCCGCCGCCGGGCCCGCCGCCGCCGCCGCAGCCACGGGGGGAACGCCCUCCCCUUGCAAGAGCUGGGCGCAGCAGGCGGAGGAGACCUACCAGCUGCAGCUCGCCCUCGCGCUCCGCCUCUGCGCCGACGCCGCCUGCGCCGCUGAUCCCGGGUUCCUCGACCCCGGCGAUUCAGGCGGGAAUAAUAACUCCGGGAGCGGGAGCGGGAGGAGGGCCUUCCCGCUUGCCCCGCCCACGCCCACUGCCGAGGCCCUCUCGCAUCGCUUCUGGGUAAAUGGCUCGUUAUCCUACAGCAAUACAAUACCAGAUGGAUUUUACUUGAUUCACGGGAUGGAUCCCUUUGUGUGGUCACUAUGCACUGAUGUACACGAGGAGAACCGCAUACCCUCCAUGGAAUCGCUUAAGUCGGUCUGUCCCGAUGAUUCUUCCAUCCAAGUGGUCCUCAUUGAUAGAAGAGCUGAUUUCGAUUUGGGUAUGCUGGAGAAUUAUGCCUCCAGCUUUCUGUCCAGUUCUGCCGACAUGAAAGAUGUGAUAAAUCAACUAGCCAAACUAGUAUCUUCCAGAAUGGGGGGUACAACCUCCAAUGAAGAAAACUUGCUUCCGCGCUGGAAAGAGAGCAGUGAGGCCAUCAAGUCAAGUGCAGGAUCUAUUGUGCUUCAUCUAGGGAAACUGCCGAUUGGUCUCUGCAAGCAUCGCUCUCUGCUUUUUAAAAUGUUAGCAGAUAAAGUCAAUGUGCCAUGCAGAUUAGUCAAGGGUUGUAAAUACUGCAAAGCUGAUGAUGCCUCCUCCUGUGUUGUACGUUUUGGGCUUGAAAGGGAAUACUUGGUGGAUUUAAUUGGGGAUCCAGGCCAGUUAUCUGAUCCAGAUUCCUUCGUCAAUGGUCCAUACUCGCUAUCAGUGCCCUCACCUCUCCGUCCUCCAAAAUUUAGGUCAUUAGAGAUCACUUCAAAUUUCAGCUCAGUUGCCAAGCAAUACUUCUCAGAUUGUCACUCGCUCAAUCUAUUGUUCAGCGAUGCUUCCACAGGUGCUUCUAGUGGUGCUGCAGUUGCUGUGGACCAAAUGUAUUCCAAGAAACAUGAUGCAGUGGGUGCCUGGAUGCCUGUGAAAGGGCAAGCAACUACGAACCCAGACAUUAUUCUGCCAGAAGCUCCUCGGGAAGUCUUGCCACUUAUGUCCGCCAAUUUGGCAGCAGAUAAAAAGAAAGAAUAUCAGUUAAUCGAGGGGAAUCAGUAUCUACGGAGUACAGUCAGUGAUCUUUCGCUUGCUGUGGAUGAUCUAAUUAUUCCAUGGAAUGAGCUGGUUUUGAAGGAGAAGAUUGGAGCAGGUUCUUUCGGAACAGUUCAUCGUGCUGACUGGCAUGGAUCGGAUGUUGCUGUGAAGAUACUCAUGGAGCAGGAUUAUCAUCUAGAUCGCUUCAGGGAAUUUAUGAGAGAGGUCGCAAUAAUGAAAAGUCUGAGGCAUCCAAAUAUUGUUCUAUUCAUGGGUGCUGUUACUGAACCUCCAAACCUAUCAAUAGUUACAGAAUACUUGUCGAGAGGUAGCUUGUAUAAACUUUUGCAUAGGAGUGGUGCAAGGGAAGUUCUGGAUGAGAGGCGGCGCUUGAACAUGGCCUUUGAUGUGGCAAAAGGAAUGAACUAUCUACAUAGACGCAGCCCUCCUAUUGUUCAUCGCGAUUUGAAGUCUCCAAAUCUUCUGGUCGACAAGAAGUACACUGUAAAAGUAUGCGACUUUGGCCUUUCACGACUAAAAGCCAACACUUUCUUAUCGUCGAAGUCUUUGGCAGGAACUCCUGAAUGGAUGGCGCCUGAAGUGCUCCGAGAUGAACCAUCCAAUGAGAAGUCUGAUGUCUACAGUUUUGCUGUAAUUCUAUGGGAACUUAUGACAUUACAACAACCAUGGUGUAACCUGAAUCCUGCCCAGGUGGUUGCUGCUGUAGGCUUUAAAGGAAGAAGACUUGAAAUCCCAAAAGAUUUGAAUCCUCAAGUAGCUGCAUUGAUUGAAUCCUGCUGGGCAAAUGAGCCAUGGAGGCGACCCUCAUUUGCUAAUAUCAUGGAGACUUUGAGACCUUUAAUUAAUAAGGUUUCGGUGCCUCAGUUGCUCCGUUCAGACUCGUGUACUGAUGGGCAGCUUACGGAUCGGUCGAUGUUUCUUCUGGACCGCCCUUCUUCGCAUCGGCCGCUCGCCAUGCGCGCCUCCAUGGAGGCCGCCCCCUCCUCCUCCUCGGCGGCCCGCAGAUCCGCGGCGCCGGACCCGGCCGCCGCCAACAAGAAGCAGCGCCUCGCGCAGGCCCCGCGGGACCCCAGAUCUUACGCCACCAAUGGCGCCGCGGCGGCGGCCAGCGCCGAGCAGCAGGUGCAGGUGGACGAGCUUGUCGCGCAGUACAGGACGGCGCUCGGGGAGCUCACGUUCAACUCCAAGCCCAUCAUCACCAACCUCACCAUUAUCGCCGGCGAGAACCUGCACGCAGCUAAGCCCAUCGCUGCGCUCAUCUGCGCCAACAUCCUCGAGGUUCCAAGCGAACAGAAGCUGCCAUCUCUUUACCUGCUUGACAGUAUAGUCAAGAAUAUCGGGAAAGACUAUAUUAAACAUUUUUCUGCAAGAUUACCUGAGGUUUUCUGCAAGGCGUAUAGACAGGUUGAUCCUCCUGUGCAUACUAGCAUGAGGCACCUUUUUGGAACAUGGAAAGGAGUAUUUUCUCAAGCUUCACUGCAAAUGAUUGAGAAGGAACUUGGUUUUCAAUCACCUGCUAACGGAUCGUCAGGGGCUGCAUCAUCGAAGCCUGAUUCUCAAUCCCAGCGCCCAUCCCACAGCAUUCAUGUAAAUCCAAAAUAUUUGGAAGCAAGGCAACAGCUCCAACAACCAAAUAAGGGGCUACUGGGAGCCGGUGCCAAGACAUCUGUAAUGUCUGAUGCUAGCGAUGAUAUUGAAAGAGUUAACAGGGUAGCUAUUGACAAAGGUGCAGGGAGACGGCUGGAUGUUGUGAAUUCUAGGCCCCGUGCUCAAAGGGACCCUUUUAGCAAUCCUAUUCAUGAAAAGCCAGAUAGAGAUGUGAGGGCCCUUGGAUUUUCCAAUAUCUCACAACAGCCUGUUGUGGGAGCUGGUCAAUUUCGCUCAAAGUCUAAAGGACAAGAUGGACCUGUGGGACCAUAUUACACUGGAGGUCUUAGUUCUUCUGAAGAACAAUUUGACAGGCGCAACAAUCUUUAUGCAAACAGGGAUGCUCGUCCUUCAGGAUCUGUACGUUUGGACAAUGCACUUCUUCCAACUCCUGUCAGUAAUUCUGAUAGGAUUAUUAAGCCGUCAUCUAACAAAAGCUGGAAGAACUCUGAGGAAGAAGAGUACAUGUGGGAUGAUGUACGUUCUCAAGGAGCAGAUUAUGGAGGUGCCAGUUCUGCAAGAAAAGGGGAACGCAUGGUUGAUGAUGGUAGUAUUAUAGGCUUUCAAGGGGCUAAAUGGGCAGAUCCGGGGGACCAAUUGGACCCCGACUUCCACAAACCAGAUAUCAUCCCAAGAUUUGGACAUGCAACAGGUCAAGAUAGAAGAAUUGCAGCAUAUAUGGAUCCUGAAGAGUAUAUUCAUGGUAAGCGUGAGGUGGAACCAAGAAUUGAUAGAGAAAUGUGGCCUGAAGGACAAAAGUUCCUGGAACCUCGUUCUAGUCUAUGGUUAUCCCAGGAAAAAAUGCACCCAGACGUUGGGCGCGAUCCAAGGAUAUCAAGGUUUUCCAAUCAGUCAGCAAGCAUCACUUCAUCUCCACCUAUUGGGUUAUCUGGAGCCUAUGCUGGACGAUCAAGCCUUGAAAGUGCUACUAGUGGACCUACAACUUUUGGGGAACAAAAACAUAAAUAUUGGCAAUCUUCAUCUCCACCUGUCCACUCAGCUUCACCUACCGCGUCCUUUGCGCGCCAGGGCUCCCCAAGUCCUGCGGAGCAUGAUAUUUACACUUCCAGAUCAUUUUUGCCAUUGGGUCAAAACCUCCAGGAGGAACAUAACCAAAGAGCUCAUGCCUUGUCUCAAAAUGCUGCACAUUCUCAGGGCCGGCCUAGUAUGAAGGCAACUGUGUCACAGGCUUCCCAGCAGACUCAGAAGCACCCUUCAGUGCAGCCAAAGCCACAUCUCAAGCCAUCUGAUCAACUGCAGACACACUUGCCACAUGAGAACUCUUCAUCACUGUUUAGAUCUUCUGUCCAUCUGCCUCUUUCCUCUGGAAUGGGACAUCAUCAGCCUGAAGUCUCUUCUCCUAGUGAUUCCACCCAUGUAAACUCAGAUCAGAUGAGUGCUAGUAAUUUAUUGGCUGGUCUUAUAAAGAGUGGAUUCAAACCAAAACCAAAUGAUCAUGCUAGCUUGAGGGCACAGCCUCCUCUUCCUAGUGCCCCACAUCAACAUGGUUCAACAUCUCUUCCAGUUGCUUCAGCCAGUGAAAAUGCCACCUCGAAGCCUCAUGCACUAAAUUCUGUUCGCCCACCAUUGCCGCCAGGUCCGCCACCAACACAGAAUGCCGAGAAAGCUGCACCGCUCUCUAGUCUUCUCAGUUCUCUGGUUGCAAAGGGGUUAAUUUCUUCACCAUCCACUAAUUUGUCUGCUGCAGUUCCACAAAAGCCAAGUAAAUCAAGUCUGAGCGCAUCUGAUGUCAAUGCUACACCUCCACUGUUGCCUAUUUCCCAGCCUUCGGUUGAUAAGGAUGCUCCAACAAAAACUUUGUUGCCCCAACAUGUGGAAAUCAAGAUGGCAGACCUUAUCGGUCUCGAGUUCAAACCAGAGGUGCUCCGAAAGUACCAUGCACAUGUGGUUAAUGGCCUCUUUGAUGACCAAAGUCAUCAAUGUAAAACAUGUGGUCUGCGAUUCAGUCUUGAAGAGGAGCUCAGUGCACACACUGUCGGCUGUGGAUCGGGGCUUUCUGAGACUAGAAAUACCGGCAUUGCUCCUGAAAGAUGGUACCCUAGCAAGAACAAUUGGAUUGAUGGAUCACAUGAAGCAGAGAACAUCUUCCUGGAUUCUGAUGUAGAUGCUUCUGAUUCUGAGUCUGGUCCUGCAGAGGUCUGUGAGUUUAUGGUUCCUGCAGAUGAGAGCCAGAUUAUCUGCUUACUUUGUGGGGAGCAAUUCGAUGACAUCUAUUCUAUCGAUAGGGGUGACUGGAUGUACAAGGAUGCUGUCUAUUUUGAUUACUCAAAGGUAGAAGGUAGCUGUGGUGGCAGUGUCGAGAGUAAAGGGAGUGCACCCAUAGUCCAUGCAAGAUGUAUGCCGAGAAUCGCAAAUGAUGGCAUGGAUGUUGAUUAGUACAAUUGCCAUACACAGCAGCAGAAAUAGCAGGAACAGCUCGAAUGAUGACAUUGAGGUGGACUAGCAUGAAGUCUGGUGCUCAACAGAACCUCAAAUCACAGUUGCAUGAGGUGAUGCACAACAGCGGUCGAAAUACUUGAGCAGCGGUCAUGACAGGCAGGUGGAUUAGUGCGAAGUUGACGACAUGCAUCUGCAAAUUUUGGUCAACUCAUCCCUUAAUCCCACCAUUUAUCCUGUAGAAAGGUGCUUACAGAAAGAAUAAAUGCCCAGUCAAUUUUGGCCAUUUCAAUCCGUAAAAUCCCUGAUGAGUCAAAAUUUGGGGCUCUUGUCACAUAUGCUUGAUCUUUCUGUUCAUAGUGGGCCUUGUAUCCUAAAAGAGUGUAUUGUUUCUUAACCAGGGGAGUAAACCAGGCGACGAAGACACCGAGUAACUGCUGUUUUUGUGAAAACUUGAGAUGUAGCGAUUUUUGUACUUAAAAACAAAGCUGACAAUAGAACAUCAUGGAGGCAGAACGAAACAAGUAAAUCUAGUGCACUGCCUGUUAUCCUUGUGUUCAUCAGUGUUAUUGGGUGCAGGCUACUAUUACAUCAGUUUGAAUGGACACACGAAUCUGUGUUUGGACAUGCUUUUUGUUUCUAA